AUGUCGUCGAAGCAUCCCCUAAGGCGGUCAUGUGCCUUCUGCCGGGCGAGGAAGAUCAAGUGCUCAAACGAGACCAUCUGCGAGGCGUGUCGAAGGCAGGGUGCCGACUGCAUCUACGACUUCGAGCCCUCGCGCCCCAAGACGAGGAAUCUAAGCCAGGACAGCACCAAGUCGACCCUGUCGGUUUUCCGCAAUGGAGACGCCCCCGUAGGCCACACUCGCCAGCGGUCCAUCUCUGUUGGCUCCCCAAAUUCCACCCCGCCUAGCACUGUCAUGGAGGAGGUCGGGCCCCAGGGCGACGUCGGCGAGAGCGUUGCCAUGGCCCUUGAGCAGAGGUUUUUUGAAAACUUCUCCCAGGAUGCCGACGGACCAAGGAGCAGUCCGUGGCAGGAACGCAUCGCAGCGUACCACCGCACGCUUCAGACUAGUCUCCGUGACCGACCCGAGAUCGCGGCCACCAAGUUCAGCCCCAAGAACGUUAGGUACACCGGGAUCCUCUCCCUGUUAACACACGACCUGGUCGGUCUCGUCACAGAUCAGUUUGGCUCCUUGGGCUGUCAUCACGUCGAGGAAGGCGGUGCCCGUUUCUUCCUGUCUGGCUUGGCCAGUGACGAUACCCAAACCAUGUUCGACAACCCUCCGCUUGGCAGCAACCCCCUAUCCGAGUAUGGCCAACGACAACAAACGCAACUCAUCGACGUCUGGUAUUCGGUCCACCCCUUGUCGUUCCUGGUCUCCAAGACCCUGCUUCUGCGAGAGCUUCGCGACGGCACCCAUGACGAGAUCUUGCUGGCCACCAUGCUGGCCGACGCCAACUUCAGCAUCGGGGACGAGGUUUCCAUCGCCCGUGGCCAUGUUCUCCUCCGAUGGGCCAUUUCCCAACUCCACUCGAGGCCCCUUCGACCAACCCAAAGCUCUUCCACCGGUGGCGGCAUGUCCUCUGGAAUAUCGACAAGAAUAUAUAGUGGUAUCUCCACGGCGCAGGCUCUCAUGUUGCUGGCAUGGAAUGCUCUUUGCUCUUUCCAGCUGCGCCGAGCCAUCUGCUACAUCGGCCUCGCCGGUAGGAUGGCUUCGGAGAUCAAGGACCAGAUAUCGAAUACGUCUGCCCCCAUGACAUCCAGCCGCAUCAACGGCAUCGAUGUCUUUGAUGUCGAAAAGGAAAUCAUCGCCUAUCUCUACUGGACAACAUAUUCUCUUAGCCUGUGGGCCUUUAUCCAAAUGGGCAACGGGCACUUCUCAGCUCUAUUGCCGACUUCAUUAAGCUCCAUCUUCCUCCCAGUGACAGAGGCCUCAUCUGUCAUGAUCCAGCUGGAUCUCGUCUCCGAAAACUUCAGCACUUUACAAAAACAAAAGAGCGUCAUCAGGGAGAUGUGGCCGCUGGCGCACAUUGCCAGUGUCGUCGCCUACAUCUUCGCCCUGUACCCUCAAGACUCAGACCCAUCCGAAUCGCCCACAACAGGGUUCUGGCAAGAGGCUCCACUACUCGCCCUGCAGAGAAUACAGCAAGGAAAGCCCUCGAAGGACAUUGGAAGCGUUUGCCGAGAGAUUAACCGGGUUCUGAUGGAGAGCAUCCAUAUCCUCAACCGUCAAGUCACAGAAGCGUCUUCACGAAGCCUCGUGCUUGUUGUCUACCAUGCCAUGGCGAUACACUUCCUAUUUCCGGAGCCACAACCAAUGCAACUCGAAGAGCCAGUCACGGGAGAUAUUGUGGAGCGGUUUUGCUCCUCGUCGGAGGACAUCCUUCAGCUGUUUGGAUCCAUCUCGGACCAACCGCAGGAUCUCUUUGGCCUCACACCAUCCCUCCGUGGCUCAUUCCCCGACGUCUUCUGCAUGUCACUGGACACCUGCGCCCGGGCCUUGAAAUCCAUCCAUGCAAGGUUCAACCCUAGCGACGCAUCCCUGAUCCAGGUCUACGAGGGUAGACUUCAGAUGCUUACUCGACGCCUCUAUGAUAUGAGCCAGAACGAUUUCCUCAACCAGGGGGCGUCAAUCCGACCGGUACGGAAGAAUUUGAAGACAUGUGUGCGAAUGUUUUGCUCAUCAGCCACAAACUCCUCUGGAGCGCCGUCUCCUGAUAACGCUCGAAUGGCCUCUAUCCCUGAUUCCCCACGUCGAAGUCCCCGAGGCUUCCCGGCUUCUGAUCCAGGCCGGCUGUCAGCUAUCCCCAGGAUUGCAAUCGAUUCCGCAUCGCCCUAUGGCUGUGUCGGGGACACCUCCACCAUGCCGUCAUCUAUGCCGUCAUCAUCAAGAUCAUCCUCUGGAGCCUCUACCAACUCGUACACGCCGUUUGAAGAUGUGAGCAAGCCUGAAUGGCAGCCUUCAGAUGCUCUGUUUCACGAUGUUCUAGACGUGAACUCUCUAGGCACUGCACCUGCAGAGCACAUGAGCAUAGCGGAUUUGGUGGACUUUCAGAAUUCAUGGUGCCCUCAGAUGCCUACAAUGAUGGACUUUGACAUGGGGGGGCCCAUCCCUGUUCCAUGUGGGCAGUGGGACUGGGCGGAUGCAAAUGCUGAUGGAGCUACUGGUGGGCCGGACAUGGAUUCGGUCUACUACUAUUUCGAUCGACCAAACGGCAAGCGGCCCGUGUAA